GGUUUCGCAGAACUUUCCCGGUAGAGGGUUUGAAACCGAAAGCACUCGUUUGCGCCAUUUUCUUUACAUCCUUUGCUUGGUGCUAUAUCGGCGGGUCAGUGACGAGUGAGCAGACAUGCUGGUCCCAGAGCUGCUCUUAGAAAAACUGCAAGACCUGACUAAUGAUGAGUAUAAACAUUUUAAGUGGUACCUCGCCAUGAAGAUCGUGGACAGCUGCAAACCAAUUCCAAAGGGCAAACUCGAGGGCCAAGACCGUAUGGACACUGUGAGUUGUAUGAUAGACAGCUACGGUGAAGCGAGGGCUGUGAAAGUCUCUGUCGCGAUCCUGAGGAAAAUGAAUGUCAACAACAUCGCAGACGACUUAGAGGGCAAGUUUGAAGCUGUAGAGGGCAGAGCAGCUGCAUCCUCUGGAUCCUCUACUUUAAAUCCUACCGCUGGAGCCACGAUGUUGGCUCAGCAGAGAGGAGUGGUUAUUGCCCCCACGGUCACCGGUGGCAGCACCGCACCUAUGAAUAUAAACUUCUACCAAAAAUAAUCUCAAUGGAGAUUAAAGCGGAGGGCACAAUAUAGUUUGUAAUUAUUUCUUUCCUUUACAUGAAAUGAAAUUAAUGUUAACUGGUGAUUCUGAAUAAGGCCGAGUUAUGAGCUGUGUCAGCCCUGUGAUAGAUGGGGAUCUUCUCACGCAGUCCAUCUGCUGGAUGUUUUCAUGUAGCUUACACGGUGUAAUCACAUGUUCAACACAGAAAUGCAUAUCUAAGGUCUUCUAAUGAUGCCAGUAAUUGUUACAGCUACAUAUGAUGCCAUGUAAAGAAUAUACUCCAGAACCACGAAUGUACUCUGUUUACAAUUUGCAGUCAUUAAAGUCUGAUUUUAAAAAAGUAAAUCCCGGGAGGGAGUAACAAAGAGAGACACUUACACGUACGGGCAUAUUCAUGUUUUUUUUUGCUACCAACAGGCUACUUUUACAGCAGACAUAUUGCUUGACAUAAUUGUUCAGGCAACAGUAACAACUAAUUACUGAUGGUAAUACAGUCGACCCCCGUCAGGUAUUCGUGAACACUCUUACAGUUGUAGAAGUGUUCACGCGUAGCUGUAAGCCAAAUAUUUUAAGGGCAAUAUUGUAAGAUGACUUUGAAAUCAUAUAAAGUGUUUUAGCUUAAGAUAUAUUUGGUGUUUGAACUUUUAAAAUAGGCAGUUAUAAGCGUUUUUAGAGGGGUUCUCAAGUAUUCGCGGCAGUUGUGGUCCCAAAUCACCACGACUACCGGGAGUCGACUGUAUAACAAACACACAGGGUCAUUUAGGGUUCUUUAUCCUCCUUUAUCAUGAAACAGCAUGAGUUAUAUCCCCGAACCCUGAAAAUAAAGCCUGAAUGGUAUUGAGCCACUAUUCAUUUUAAUCUUUAUUCCUGUGAUUUAUCUGUUGUAACACGUACAAAUGUCCACCUGUGCUUUGCUGUUUCAACAAACUCUGAAAUGUUCAGAUUAAAUCAGGCCUGUUAAGCUGUGUAUGUAAACGUGUCAGGAGUUGCUCGUACUUUCAUCUGAGGUCAGCAGGUGAAGCUGUGUUUUUGAUGUUUCUGUGUCAUCCACUUCUUGAUAUUGUACUCAUAAACAUACAUAGUGGUUACAUCUUCCAACAAA